CGCUGUGUGGCUCGCAGAGCCUCCGUGGGCGGGCAGCUGCGAGAGGGAAGCAGUCACAUGAUUCGCGCAGAGCCCAGCUGCCCAAUUCCAAUAUGGUGGCCAGCUUGGCAGACCUACGGUUCUUGUUGAUGAUAUUGUUGCUCUGCGGGAGGAUCGGGGACGGCGCCUGCAGCCAGCAAGCCCCGCGCGUUCUGGGGUUGCGACUGGAGGACCCAGAAGGCCGGGUGUAUAUGAAGGAGAGGAUCAUCUCUGCGCCGCAAGGGGCCAGUUUCAAGCUCCGGCUGUUCGGCUCGAAUCUGAAUGGUACCUGGCCGUGGGUGGCGUUCGCUGGGGCUAGACUGGGAGAGGCCGGGGCGGUGGGGGAUGCAGCCGACCCGUGUGGUCAGGAGACCCGCCGUGACACCUCCGCCUUCCAGGUCACCGGGGAGGUCACGGCGGACGAGGAGUACAGCGGGCUGAUAGAGGUGAAGGUGCGGGACAAGAGCAUUAUGUCUCUCGCUGCAGGGGAUGAUGCCAACCCGACCUACCACCUGUGUGUGCUGAAGAGCGGGAGUUGGGUGUCAGUGGGACCGGACAGGCUGCGGAUCAACAACGAAAAUGGUCUCCCAGCGGACGACAUCCCUCCGUGGGGUGUGGCGGCGCUGAUUGUGCUGCUGAUCCUGGUGUGUGGGGUGCUGAGGACUGUGAACCUCAGCCUGCUGUGGCUGGACCCUCUGGAGCUCUAUGUCCUGCACAGCUGCGGCUCUGAGGAAGACAAACGGGCCGCCAAGCGCCUCGAGCCCAUCCGGAGAAGAGGCAACUUCCUGGUGUGUUCCCUGCUUUUCCUGUGCGCUCUGGGCCAUUCGGUUCUAGGUGUGCUGCUCUACCUGGCCGUGGGUUCCAUAGCGCCCGCCGUCUUCACCAGCGGGUUCCUCAUCUUCCUGGUGUCAGAGCUGGUUCCACACAUAGUGUGUUCCUGCUACGGCUUCCAGCUGGCCCCAGGCCUCACCUGGCUGGCACAGGUGUGUAUGGUGCUGACGUGCCCACUGUCGUGCCCACUGGGCCUGGUGCUGGAUCUGGCACUGAGGCGUGACAUCAGCACCUGCGGCGUGAGGGAGAGGGCCAUGGAGAUGAUACGCACCAAUGUCAACGACCCCUACAGUGAGUUUGUGAAGGAGGAGUUUAGCCGUGGUGCGCUGCGCAGUAAGACAGUGGAGGACAUCCUGACUCCGCUCAAGGACUGUUUCAUGCUGUCGUCCACCUCUGUGCUGGACUUCUCCACCAUGUCCGAGAUCAUGCAGAGUGGAUACACGCGUGUCCCAAUCUACGAAGAGGAGAGGUCCAACAUCGUGGAGAUACUGUACGUGAAGGACCUGGCUCUGGUCGACCCUGAUGACUGUACUCCCAUGACAACCAUCACCAAGUUCUACAACCACCCGCUGCACUUUGUCUUCAACGACACCAAACUGGACUCCAUGCUGGAGGAGUUCAAGAAAGGAAACUCAGCCCUGGCCAUCGUUCAGAAGGUGAACAACGAGGGGGAGGGGGAUCCCUUCUACGAGGUGCUGGGAUUGGUCACCUUGGAGGACGUCAUCGAGGAGAUCAUCAAAUCAGAGAUCCUGGAUGAGUCUGACGGAUACAUCGACAUGAAGGUGAAGCGUCCUCUGGCCCCUCUGGAGAUUUCCCUGGAGCCUCGCAGCGUCCACGAAGAAUUCUCUCUGUUCAAACUUCCCGAGGGUGAACCCAAGAUACGCACCUCUCCCCAGCUACUGCUGGCCACACACCGCUUCCUGUCCAGAGAGGUAGAACACUUCAGUCCAGCCCGUGUGUCAGAGAAGGUGUUGUUCCAUCUGCUGCGUCACCCCAGUGUCAACCAGGAAGUCCACUUUGACCCCUCCAACCGCCUGAGCGCAGACCACUACCUCUACACACGCAACCACCCUGUAGACUACUUCAUACUACUACUACAGGGCCGUGUGGAGGUGGAGAUCGGUAAAGAGGGCUUGAAGUUUGAGAACGGAGCAUUCACAUACUACGGCGUGUCUGCACUCACAGCGCCAACCUCAGGUAAGACACGGUACUGCAGGACACACACCUCACUACCAUUACCUCACAGCGCCAACCUCAGGUAAGACACGGUACUGCAGGACACAUACCUCACAGCGCCAACCUCAGGUAAGACACGGUACUGCAGGACACAUACCUCACUACCAUUACCUCACAGCGCCAACCUCAGGUAAGACACGGUACUGCAGGACACAUACCUCACUACCAUUACCUCACAGCGCCAACCUCAGGUAAGACACGGUACUGCAGGACACAUACCUCACUACCAUUACCUCACAGCGCCAACCUCAGGUAAGACACGGUACUGCAGGACACAUACCUCACUACCAUUACCUCACAGCGCCAACCUCAGGUAAGACACGGUACUGCAGGACACAUACCUCACUACCAUUACCUCACAGCGCCAACCUCAGGUAAGACACAGUACUGCAGGACACAUACCUCACUACCAUUACCUCACAGCGCCAACCUCAGGUAAGACACGGUACUGCAGGACACAUACCUCACUACCAUUACCUCACAGCGCCAACCUCAGGUAAGACACGGUACUGCAGGACACAUACCUCACUACCAUUACCUCACAGCGCCAACCUCAGGUAAGACACGGUACUGCAGGACACAUACCUCACUACCAUUACCUCACAGCGCCAACCUCAGGUAAGACACGGUACUGCAGGACACAUACCUCACUACCAUUACCUCACAGCGCCAACCUCAGGUAAGACACGGUACUGCAGGACACAUACCUCACUACCAUUACCUCACAGCGCCAACCUCAGGUAAGACACAGUACUGCAGGACACAUACCUCACUACCAUUACCUCACAGCGCCAACCUCAGGUAAGACACAGUACUGCAGGACACAUACCUCACUACCAUUACCUCACAGCGCCAACCUCAGUGCACCAGUCUCCAGUGUCGACCCAGCGUCGUUCUCCCAGGGAUCCGUUUGAGUUGGGAGAUGCCACCAGCUCGUCCAGCUACUGUCCUGACUACACCGUCCGUGCCCUCACUGACCUGCAGCUCAUACGGGUGACUCGCAUGCAGUACCUGAAUGCUCUGAUGACGUCACGUGUUGGCCAGAGCCCAGACCCUUCUGAAAUCAAGAUCCUGCCCAACAGUCAGACCAAGCUGCUCAACGAGAGGAACAUCACCACGCAAGAGUUCCCUGCAAACUUUUCUUUCUUUGACAACAUUGACAACUACUGUUAGUGUUUUCUGUGUGCAUGAGGUGGCAGUAAAUCCCAGGAGAGUUCCACGGAAGAGGAGGCUCAUGGGUAAUGCGGUUCUCUCCCUCAGAACGACGUGUGUUACUCAGACGACCAACCGACAGCCACGUGCGACUGUUUUUAGGAGUAGAUUUCAUGUGUUUAUCUCUGAAAAUGCAGUGAUUGAACCUGGCUAGUGUGAGCGUGUGUGUCGCUGCUGCACCAUCCUCAGCUGUACUUCUCAUUCAUUAUGCUUCGCAUUGAAUCAGCCAUGACUUUUGUGCGUGUGUAUGCAUACCUGUGUGUGUGUGUGUGUGUCCUCCCUGUUGUAAUUCAGCCUCCUUUCCUAAACGUUACAUUGCCUGUUCCUUCAUUUAUUAUCAGUGUGCCAAAGCGACUCACCUUAACCUCCUGUGGGUGUACGUGUGUGUGCGUGGAUUGUCAAAACCCAUCCAUCCAAGCAUUAGACAGAGGGUGGUAAAAAAACAAAACAAAAAAAAACAGUUGAUUUGCACUAAAGUGUGGGGAUUUGCUUUAGUCGUUGAAUUAUACGUCCAUUUCAUUUUAUUACACUCCCACAUUUCAGAUGCAUACAUAUUUGUAUGUAGAGACAAAUAUUGCUAGUUUUUGUUGUUUAUACCAUUCAAUGCAGUACUUAUUGCUGCCUAAUGAAGGCCUGUAUUUUUUUCUUUAGUUAGUGAUCGAUCGCCUAAAACAUUUAAUAAAUAUCUAUUUGAACAUUUUCGGUGACCUAUCCCUUUAAGAGAGCUGAUUCGAUGCCCAUUCCUUUAGCUUUAGGUCUGAGCUGUGAUGAGCGAGGCAGAUUACCCUGAGCCAUAUCUGCUUUCAUGCAUUCUUUUUGUGUGGCCAACAAGAUUCAUGAAGUUGCCGUAGUGUGUGUGUGUGUGUUUGUGUCAUAUCUAAAGCACCUUGUUGAUUUUUCUCAUCCUUGUAGGUUGAGUUCCAUUAACAUUCCGCAUCACUUCUGUGUCCAGGUGUGGGAGUGUGUGUCUGCUGUUUGUCUGGCCAUAUGUGUAUUGUCCGUCAGUAUUCAGUCUAACAGACUCCUUCAGGAAACUCAAUUUCCCAUGUUGCAGCGUACCUACCCAUGUGUGCAGGGAACACAUCUGUUACCCACUGUAGAGACUGGAAACCUAGAGAACGGCCUGGUCCAGAAUCAACCCCUUGGGCCUUCCCUUAAUGCCUUCCCCUGGCCCAUAGCCGUCUACCCUUGUCUUGUAGGCCCUAGUUAUUGAAUUAAUGUUGGUUGAUCUAAAGAAAAUGUGGUGACUCCACCUAGACUUUGUCAGGCCUAUGGGACCUUUCACCAUGACCUUUCACCAUGACCUUUCACCAUGACCUUUCACCAUGACCUUUCACCAUGACCUUUCACCAUGACCUUUCACCAUGACCUUUCACCAUGACCUAUCUGAUUAAUUCUGAUCUGCAAAUAUCAAACAGAGGGGGUAGGAGUCUUUGGAGUGAAUCAGAGUGCACAGUGCAAACCAUAGCAAAAUGUUUUGCAAUGGAAAAUUAAAAAACAAGAAUUUCUUAUUGGACAGGUUUGGGUAUUCCAACCCUGUUUCAGUCGUGUUCUUCUGUUUGGUGCCUAAUGAACAUGACAGUGUUUCCCAGGGGUCAUGUUAGGGGUCGGCCAUCUUGUUUGCCUCAGUCCUUCCCCACCCUUCUGAGGGAGGGUCUCGUUUGUGUUUAUCUACUUUGCUAAUUAUUUUUUUUAUUGUUAAUCUACACACAAUGACAAAUCAAACUGCUUUCUUUAGUUUGUUUUCUGCUAAUUUAUUCAAAACAAAAAACAGUACCUUAUUUACAUAAGUAUUCAGACCCUUUGCUAAUGAGACUCGAAAUUGAGCUCAGGUGCAUCCUGUUUCCAUUCAUCCUUGAGCUGUUUCUACAACUUGAUUGGAGUCCACCUGUGGUAAAUUCAAUUGAUUGGACAUGAUUUGGAAAGGCACACACCUGUCCCAGAGUUGACAGUGCAUGUCAGAGAUAAAACCAUGCCAUGAGGUCGAAGGAAUUGUCCGUAGAGCUCCGGGACAGGAUGGUGGCGAGGCACAGUUCUGAGGCAGGGUACCAACACAUUUCUGCAGCAUUUAAUGUCCCCAAGAACACAGAGGCCUCCAUCAUUCUUUAAUGGAAGAAAUUUGGAACCACCAAGACUCUUCCUAGAGCUGGCCGUCCGGCCAAACUGAGCAGGAGGGAAGGGCAAUGGUCAGGGGGGUGACCAAGAACCUGCUGGUCGCUCUGACAGCCCUCUAGAGUUCCUCUGCGGAGAUGGGAGAACCUUCCAGAAUGAUCACCAUCUUUGCAGCACUCCACCAAUCUGGCCUUUAUGGCAGAGUGGCUAGACGGAAGUCACUCACUAAAAGGCACACGACAGCCCUCUUGGAGUUUGCCAAAAGGCAUCUAAAGACUCUCAGACCAUGAGAAACAAGAUUCUCUGGUCUGAUGAAACCAAGAUUGAACAUUUUUGCCUGAAUGCCAAGCUUCACAUCUGGAGGAAACCUGACACCAUUCCCAUGGUGAAGCGUAGUGGUGGCAGCAUCAUGCUGUGGGGAGAUUUUUCAGUGGCAGGAACUGGGAGACUAGUCAGGAUCAAGGUAAGACGAACAGAGCGCUCCUUGAUGGAAACCUGCUCAGGACCUCCGACUGCGGGGCGAAGGUUCACCUUCCAACAGGACAAUGGCCCAAAGCACACAGCCAAGACAAUGCAGGAGUGGCUUCAGGACAAGUCUCAACGUCCUUGAAUGACCCAGCCAGAACCCGGACUUGAACCCCAUCAAACAUCUCUGGGGAGACCUGAAAAUAGCUGAGGAGCAAUGCUCCCCAUCCAACCUGACAGAACUUGAGAGGAUCUGCAGAGAAGAAUGGGAGAAACUCCCAAAAUACAAGCUUGUAGUGUUAUACCCAGGAAAACUUGAUGUAAUCAUUGCCAAAGGUGCUUCAACAAAGUACUGAGUAAAGGGUCUGAAUACUAAUGUACAUAUUAAAGUAUUUUUUAUUUGAAAUACAUGAGCAAAAAUGUCUGUUUUUGCUUUGUCAUUAUUGAGUAUUGUGUGUAGAUUGAGGGGGGGGGGGGACUAUUUAAUAAAUUUUAGAAUAAGGCUGUAACAAUGUGGAAAAGGUCAAGGGGUCUGAAUACUUUCCUAAGGCACUGUAAUUACGUACAUAUGCUAAUUAAGUGAUUCACCGUUUUGAUUUAAAGUUAAGCUGUUUUAACAAUUAUUUUGUAUCAAGUCCAUUCAUAUUGUAUCAAAGACUGAAUGUAUAUUGUAAAAAAAGGUAAUCAUUACUUGUGCUACUUACACUGAUCUGGAUAAUUAUUUUGUUUGUUGAUGAUGUAGAGAACUGUAUAUUAUAUACAUAUAGAAAGAAUAUGAAUCAAGGAUGUAGAUUUUAAACUUGUAGUUUUAAUCUCAGUUUUCAGGUACAUGUGUAUAAUACUGUUACCAUGACGAUAAAGGCCAGACCAGGUCUACUUUCUCUCCAGGUUUUGUUUGUAUAGAUUCUCUCCCAAUUUUUCUCUGGAACGCUGAGUUGUGGCUGCAGGGAACAUUGCAUUGAAAUCUUAAAAGAUCUGCUGUUUUUUAGUAAUAAACCCAGACCUGGUAUACAUCUGUC